ACAGGGAGGAACCCUGACAGGGAGGUGCGCUGACAGGAGUUGUUAGAAAGCGACUGAUUAUACGUGUGUAGUUACAGAUGAUUAAACCUUGGUGUGUCUCUGCUGAUCUUUGUUUUUUUGCGGAUGUUUGACCUGUGUCCAUUCUGCACUCACGAGCUUAGUGUAUGACCAACACACACACACACACACUUUGUGUCGCUCUCACACACUCUCCAUUAUCCCCGGCCUGCAGGUAGCGUACGUGUCUGCUUAAACAAACACAUUAGCAGGCUGUUUAAUCAUCAAUUCACACACAGAGCUGCCCUCAAACUCUGUCAGUCUGUCUUGGUCUUCUUCAUUUCUCCUCCUUUAGUUUCUCUAGUGUCUGGUCUGGUAUAUGAGCGGUGGUCAGGUUUCAGUUUAGUUGUGUGAUGUAUGUUCCAGUGUUUUAGUGUGUAUUAGGUUUAAGUGUCUGUGUGGUCAGAAAGUGUGUGUUACAGUGUGGUUAAAAUGUGUUGGUGGGGUUAGUGUGUACGUAGGUGAAAAACCAGUAAGUGUUUGUUAGUGAACGGUCAGUAACUGUGUUUGUUAGUGAACGGUCAGUAACUGUGUUUGUUAGUGAACGGUCAGUAACUGUGUUUGUUAGUGAACGGUCAGUAACUGUGUUUGUUAGUGAACGGUGAGUAACUGUGUUUGUUAGUGAACGGUGAGUAACUGUUUGUUAGUGAACGGUGAGUAACUGUGUUUGAUAGUGAACGGUCAGUAACUGUGUUUGAUAGUGAACGGUCAGUAACUGUGUUUGUUAGUGAACGGUCAGUAACUGUGUUUGUUAGUGAACGGUCAGUAACUGUGUUUGAUAGUGAACGGUCAGUAACUGUGUUUGUUAGUGAACGGUCAGUAACUGUGUUUGUUAGUGAACGGUCAGUAACUGUGUUUGUUAGUGAACGGUCAGUAACUGUGUUUGUUAGUGAACGGUCAGUAACUGUGUUUGUUAGUGAACGGUCAGUAACUGUGUUUGUUUGUGAACGGUCAGUAACUGUGUUUGUUAGUGAACGGUCAGUAACUGUGUUUGUUUGUGAGCAGUCAGUAACUGUAUUUGUUUGUGAGCGGUCAGUAACUGUGUGUUAGUGAGCAAUCAGUAACUGUGUUUGUUAGUGUGCGGUCUGUAACUGUGUUAGUGAGCAAUCAGUAACUGUGUUUGUUAAGGAGCGGUCAGUAACUGUGUUUGUAAAAUGAGCGGUCAGUAACUGUGUUUGUUAGUGAAUGGUCAGUAACUGUUUGUGAAUGGUCAGUAAUUAUAUUAGUAAGCAUUCAGCAACUGUGUGUUUGUUAGUAAAUGGUCAAUUUCUGUGUGUUUGUUUGUGUUUUUAUGUCCUGCUGUUGAGCAGUUAGUUUGUGUCAAACCAGUAAGUGUCUCUGUUAGUAAAUGAUCAGUAAGUGUGUUUCUUUGUGAGCGGGCUGAGUGUGUUUCUGUGUUUGUUAGUGAACGGUCAGUAACUGUGUUUGUUAGUAAAUGAUCAGUAAGUGUGUUUCUUUGUGAGCGGGCUGAGUGUGUUUCUGUGUUUGUUAGUGAACGGUCAGUAACUGUGUUUGUUAGUGAACGGUCAGUAACUGUGUUUGUUAGUGAAUGGUCAGUAACUGUUUGUGAAUGGUCAGUAAUUAUAUUAGUAAGCAUUCAGCAACUGUGUGUUUGUUAGUAAAUGGUCAAUUUCUGUGUGUUUGUUUGUGUUUUUAUGUCCUGCUGUUGAGCAGUUAGUUUGUGUCAAACCAGUAAGUGUCUCUGUUAGUAAAUGAUCAGUAAGUGUGUUUCUUUGUGAGCGGGCUGAGUGUGUUUCUGUGUUUGUUAGUGAACGGUCAGUAACUGUGUUUGUUAGUAAAUGAUCAGUAAGUGUGUUUCUUUGUGAGCGGGCUGAGUGUGUUUCUGUGUUUGUUAGUGAACGGUCAGUAACUGUGUUUGUUAGUGAACGGUCAGUAACUGUGUUUGUUAGUGAACGGUCAGUAACUGUGUUUGUUAGUGAACGGUCAGUAAGUGUGUUUCUGUGUUUGAACGCUUCUCCAUGGCGUCCAACUCCACCACCCAGUUCUUUGCACUCUCUCAGUCAUUCAGUGUCUCUGACAUCAUUGUCAUUGCUGCGUACUUCCUGCUAAAUGUAGCUGUUGGCAUCUGGUCAUCAUGCAGGGUCAGCAGAAACACUCUGAGUGGAUACUUCCUGGCUGGAAGGGACAUGGCCUGGUGGCCGAUCGGAGCAUCCCUGUUUGCCAGUAGUGAAGGCUCUGGUUUGUUCAUCGGUCUGGCUGGAACAGGAGCUGCUGGAGGCAUCGCUGUAGCUGGCUUUGAAUGGAAUGCCACCUAUGUAUUGCUGGCGUUGGCCUGGGUUUUUGUCCCUGUGUACGUGUCUUCAGGGAUUGUCACUAUGCCUGAGUAUUUAGGUCGGCGAUUUGGAGGAGAGAGAAUCAGAACGUAUCUGUCUGUCCUGUCUCUGAUGCUGUCUGUCUUCACCAAGAUAUCAACAGACCUGUAUUCAGGGGCGUUGUUUGUCCAGGUGUGUCUUGGAUGGAACCUUUACCUGUCUACUGUCCUGAUGCUGGUGGUCACUGCCCUCUACACUAUAGCAGGUGGCCUUGCAGCUGUAAUCUAUACAGACACCCUGCAGACCUUUGUCAUGAUGAUCGGUGCCAUCAUCCUCACCAUCACAGCUUUCAAUAAGAUUGGAGGGUACAAUAACCUGGAGAGAGUUUACCAGGCAGCCAUACCAUCUAAGAUAAUCCCCAACAGUAGCUGCCACCUGCCCAGAGAAGACGCCAUGCACUUGUUCCGACACCCGGUAACUGGUGACUUGCCCUGGCCUGGCAUGACCUUAGGACUCACCAUCCUGGCCACCUGGUACUGGUGCACUGACCAGGUUAUUGUGCAGCGGUCACUGUCAGCUAAGAGUCUUUCCCAUGCUAAAGGGGCGUCCAUCUUGGCGUCCUACCUUAAGAUGUUACCCUUCAUAUUCAUCAUCCUUCCUGGAAUGAUCAGCAGGGGGUUGUACCCAGACUCUGUGGGGUGUGUGGAUCCUGAGGAGUGUGUGAGGGUGUGUGGAGCGGAGGUGGGCUGUUCCAACAUCGCUUUCCCCAAAUUAGUCAUUGAACUUAUGCCCAGUGGUCUGAGGGGGCUGAUGAUUGCAGUGAUGAUGGCAGCUCUUAUGUCAUCGUUGACCUCCAUCUUUAACUCUUCCUCCACGCUCUUUACUAUGGACAUCUGGAAGAAGUACCGCCCACACGCCUCUGAACGGGAGCUUCUAUUGGUUGGCAGGAUAGUUACAGUGAUUCUGGUCGUGAUCAGUGUGGUGUGGAUUCCAAUCCUGCAGUCUGCAAGCAGUGGACAGCUAUAUGUUUACAUCCAAUCAGUGACCAGCUACCUUGCUCCACCUGUUACCGCUGUCUUCUCAUUGGCGAUCUUCUGGACCAGAACCAACGAGCAGGGAGCAUUCUGGGGUCUGAUGGUAGGGCUGGUAGUUGGUGUGUGUCGGAUGGUUCUGGAGUUUGCGUUCCCUCCUCCCCGUUGUGGUAUCCAUGACGAUGCCCCAUCUGUCCUGCGGUCAGUUCACUACCUUCACUUCGCCAUUAUCCUCUGCAUCCUGUCUGCUGCUGUUGUCGUGGUGAUAUCACUGCUGACUCCUCCCCCAACUGAGGAACAGGUGUGUAACCUGACAUGGUGGACUCUGAUUGAAGAGGAACAAAGACAAAUCCCUCUCCAGAAAGUUUCCUCUGUCAGCUCAUCUGACCGCACACACCAGACACAAGGUUCUACUCCGGUGCGUAGAGCUGUGUGCAACCGGGCAGCAGGGCUGUGCAGCUCAGAGUCGGGGCCAGUGGAGGAGGUUCUACCCAGGAUCCCCAGCGUUAGGGAGAGCGUCUUCUGGUCUCGGUUCUGCUGCAUCAAUGCCAUACUGCUCAUCAGUGUUAACAUAUUCCUCUAUGCUUAUUAUGCCUGAUAAUCCCUGAUCUUUAACCACUGUCCUCUAAAUCCUGUAAUGAUAGAUACUGUCUCCAAAGGAUUUCUCUUAUUUGUGUUGCCUAAGAUAAUUGUUGUUUGUUAAACAUCACAUGUAAUAAUAGUAGAAAAAAUUGUGUUGUCCGCACAGUGUGAAGAUAUUUGGCGUCAACACACGAAAAACAUAAAAAGAAACAUUAUACAACUCAAAAGUAGGAAAGUUCUAGAGUGCAGUUUAAUUAAUAUUAUAGAUGUUUGUAUAUUGUUAUUUUUAAACAUUGUAUAUUAUCAUAGAACAAUAAAGACGUUUCUAUGUUAUUAU